GUUCAUGUUAGUGAGUGAGUGAGCGCCCGUGGAUUUAAAACCAUCCGCCCCGAGUUCCGCCAUCAAAACCGCAGCUCAAAAAAAAAAAAAAAAUCUCCCAGAACUCCGACCAGAGUUCCACAAGCACGAGGAACUCCAGAACGUCAAAUCAUCGCGAAGUUCCAAUCCCAUGAACUCUGUGUCUCUGGAAUAGUGCGGAGUUCUUAGAGAAUCGAGGAACUCCGGGGAACUCCGGGGAAAAUGGUGGUGUGAAAAAUUUCAUGGAGAGAAUCUAGAAAAAUUGGGUGAAAGUUGGAGAACAGGAAAAGAGGAAUUCAGGAAUUGGCCCAGUGGAAUUCAGGAAGAGGACACCAUAGCGGAUCUGAGGAGUCAGUCAGUGUGCCACCGGCGCCCUCCCCCACCUCAUUGCCCCCCACCCCUGGGGAUAUAACCCCCGUCGGUUUCCCCUAUUCAACCCGGUCCACGUUCAGUCGGGGAUAAACGUAAACACGACAGUCGAGGGUGAACCGCUGAGGGCGACAGUUCCAAGAUAAAAAUUGGUUUAAAAAAUAAAAUAGUUUAUUUAUUAAUCGUCUUGUGGACAGGAACUGUGUGGAAAGUCUUGGCAAAAAUUACUCAUUCUAACCCAGUGAUUGUUUAAUUAAUGAUUAAUCAAUUUAAUUAAUGCCGGGAGUGAUAAAUAAUUCUGAAGAAAAAAUCACUCCGAUUCUGUUAAUUAAUCGGUGAUUGUCUUGUGGACAGGAACUGGGGGAAUAUUGAAAAAUUUGUUUGUUUCAAACUAGUGAUUCGUUAAUUAAUGGUUGAUUGUGCGGUGAUCAGUGAAGACUAGAACGAAUUAUUAUUGAUUAUUAUUGAAUUAUUAUUGAGUGAUAGUGAGAGAAAUGAUCGGUGAUUGUUUAAUUGAGAAGAUCGAAGUGGAAUUGGAAAUUGAGGGGAUUAUGGGAGAGUAGGGACUGGGGACUAAGGGAUUUUAGUAAAAUGCUCGAGGAUCAGCCGCUCGAUCUCAGCGUCCGGGUGGGCGAUUAUCCGGAACUCUCGCGAGAGGAGAACUCCAUCGAAAGAGAUGAGGCACACAAGGAACUCGAGGAUUACUCUGCCCUACGGCUUCGGGAACUCGUCACAACGUCUGAGUACUCCCAGGUGGAGGACAGAACUUGCUCCGAGGACUCCGAUGACUCCUGCUCAGAUAAUAAUAGGAAGGAUGGCAGGAGCAGGGGAAGACCUCCCGGAACUAAACCCUACAAGAAAAAUCUUAUGAGACGAUACUUGGACACGCGGGAGGUCCAGCCACACGAUACGAAUGGAGAUAAGGAGUCGUUGGGUCUGGCAACAGUGAAAGCCGAACCUGGCAGCACAACAGGGGCUAGAUUACUUCACGGAAUAUUGUCCCAACAUCCUCAACAGCAUCUUGGCGUUCAGAGUGGCUAUGGGAGACAUCUGUCGAGUCAUGGACAGCUUGGACAGCCACCGUACAGCUCAAAUGGAAUAGCCAAUAGUACGCCAGGGAGUGGUUCACUGCCAGCGAGUCCUGCCGACAGUGGUGUUAGUGACGUAGAGUCUAGUACAUCGUCGGGUGGUAAUGAGGACGCUAAUCUUUUGCUCAAAGCGAGACUCAACCCAAACUCAUCGAUCCAAUCGAAUCUCGCCUCUCAUCACUCUCAUCUGCCAUCAGCUAUUGGCAGAUCGGCAUGCCACAGCCCUGGGGUUUAUCCGUCCUCCACAGGAUUCUUGCCACAGUCGUAUCAUCCCCAUCAGCACCACAACUCCCAGUAUCAUCCACACAGAGGUGGCUCACCUCAUCAUCCACAUAGUAGCCACAAUAUGCCGUCAACAAUGGGACCACCACAUCACCAUCAUCAUCAUCAUCAAGCCCAAAGUCUUCAGCAUCUGCAUUAUCGUCAGCCGCCGACGCUGUCGGAGAGCUACAACAGCUACGUGAACUCGAUGUACGGCGCAGGGGCGCAAUUUGCAGCCCCCUGCACCCCUUCACCACCCCGUGGCCCAGGGGGUGUACCAACAAGUGUAAUUCAGGCCGCAACGAGUUCAGUAUCCGACGAUCUCUACCUCCUGGAGCUUGGCUUUCCUCCGCGCGCUAAAAAGAGUAAAUUGAAGAAGGCACGUCAGGCAGACGGUGCAGCUGUCAAACGAAAAUCCCGCGAGGGCUCCACCACGUAUCUCUGGGAGUUUCUCCUUAAGCUCCUUCAGGACAGGGAGUACUGCCCGCGCUACAUAAAAUGGACGAAUCGCGAGAGGGGUGUUUUUAAACUCGUCGAUAGUAAAGCGGUGUCGAGACUCUGGGGCCUCCACAAGAAUAAACCAGAUAUGAAUUACGAGACAAUGGGUCGCGCCCUGAGAUACUAUUACCAACGGGGAAUACUCGCUAAAGUCGAUGGACAGAGGCUUGUUUACCAGUUUGUCGAUGUACCCAAGGAUAUUAUCGAGAUUGAUUGCACGGGUGCGUGAGAUAAGGCCUAUCCCCUGUGGGUUUUUGACAAAGUCCCCAUGUGGCAUGUACCACAGACUCAACCCUCUCUGACUCUCAUUCACUAAAUUCUCAUCGUCCUUUUAUCUUUUGUUGUGAUUUAGAGAAAAAAAAAAUGUUCGUUGGAAUUUCGGGUGAAUUGAUUGAGGGGAGACUGAGAAUUUGUUUAAUUCUGUCCUAUUGCAGGAGAACUCAAUAAUUAAUUACACAUCAAUUAUUUUCUUCAUUGAAAAAUUUAAUAUUUGUGGGAUAAACCACAAAAAUUGUAGUAUAGAUCUUUAGAGCGUUGUUCUUUAACAAUUACGAACUGCAAUGAAUUUUUGUUUAUAUAUUUUGUAAAAUUGUUUUAAAAAUUUAUAAUUGAUGUUUAAAAAAAUUACUGCAAUGGCUCGAGAGUUUGAAAAAUCGUAGAGGUCCCCUGUAGAUUGUACAUUGGAUAAAUUAUUUAUUGUAUUCGAUUGGAAAUUGUUACGCUGGGGGAGAGAUCGCGGUGGUGUAUAUGAAACGAAUUGUGGGCUGUGAAAAGGUUUGAGAGAAAAGGGGAUCCAGGGAGGGUGAUAUUUUUAUUUCUAACGCCCCACCUGUAAAAUCAUCUCGAAUAAUGCAACAGGUGCUGACACGAGGUCCAAAAACAGUUUUACGAGGGAAAAAAAAAAAUUGAGAAAAACAGAGGAAAAAAAAAAA